UGGAGGAGGCUGGUAGGGAGAGGAGAGUGGUGUGAAUUGGGGUGCCACAGAGGGGAACUUGUGUUAGUAAUUUUAAUUUCAUCCUGGGGGUAGGUGACCCCUCCCCCACUUUCCCAAAUACAUAUAUGCUAGAAGCUUUUCCUUUGUAAUUGUGGAUGUUUGCAGAAAACUUACAAAAUAUCAGCUGUGUGUAUGGACCAACACGGUUGAAGUGUCACUUGCUGCUUCUCCAGAAAUAAAACAUGGCUGAGGAUUCUCAGAGAAACUUCCGCUCUGUCUACUAUGAAAAAGUGGGAUUUCGUGGUGUUGAAGAAAAGAAAUCAUUGGAAAUCCUACUGAAAGAUGAUCGAUUGGAUAUUGAGAAACUUUGCACAUUUAGUCAAAGAUUUCCUCUCCCAUCCAUGUAUCGUAUCCUGGUGUGGAAGGUGCUUUUAGGAAUUAUUCCUCCUCACCAUGAAUCUCAUGCUCUGGUGAUGAAGUACCGAACAGAACAAUAUAGGGAUGUGUAUCAUGCCCUCCAAGUAAUUCGGUUUAUCAAGGAUUCUACCCCACAGGUUGAAGUUUUCCUUCGCAUGCAUCAACUGGAGUUGGGAAGGUUGCCUCGAAAUCUGGCUUUUCCUCUGGAACCAGAAGAUGAAGUGUUUCUUGCCAUAGCUAAAGCCAUGGAGGAAGUGGUGGAGGAUAAUAUCGACUGCUACUGGCUUGUCAGUAGUUUUGUGAAUCAGUUAAACAACAAAUACAAAGAUUCGUUACCACAGCUGCCAAAAGUUCUUGAACAGUAUUUGAAUGUUGAAGAUAACAGACUCCUGGCGCAUCUGAAGGCCUGCUCUGCAGUGAGCAAACUUCCUUACAAUCUUUGGUUUAAGAAGUGCUUUGCAGGGUGUUUACCUGAAUCCAGUUUACAGAGGGUUUGGGACAAAGUUAUUAGUGGAUCCUGCAAGAUUCUUGUUUUUGUUGCUCUGGAGAUUUUAUUAACCUUUAAAAUGAAGCUAAUGGCCCUGACUAACGCAGAGAAGAUCACACAGUUUCUGGAAAAUAUUCCUCAAGAUAACACUGAUGCAAUAGUGAGCAAAGCUAUUGAUUUGUGGCACAAACAUUGUGGGACACCGGUACAUUUGGUAUGAGAACUUGCUGCAGUCCUCACGGUUUGGAAGGACAUACCUUCUGAUUGUCCUUCCCUAGAUUAGUAUCUGUAGACAUUAAAUUGUUUCACAUUUUUGCUGUAAAUAUCACGCUGAUUAAUUUGUAAAUUGUUGCAGUAAAAAUAAAGACUGAGUUGUGCUGUGA